AUUUCCAUUAGUUCACUUACUAAAGUAUCGGAAUCGGAGGGUGAACAUGAAACGAUGAAACAUAAACUAACCUAAAAUUAAUUUAAAAACAAAACAAUAACAAACAGUCGAAAGUCAAACAGUUGUCGGUUUUAUCCAGUUCGAGUUCGAAUUUAACUUAGUGACAAUUAAGUUAACAGGUAAGGUAGUUGAAAUGUUGACGCAGAAAAAGGAAUGCCUGUAUGCCAAGGUCAACAAUGUUCACCCAAUGAUUCCUACCAAUAGCUUGAAAAAUCUAUCCAAAUGUUGAAGGUCAGGGUGAUAGAAUACAGGGUUGUUCCCGUUUCUGAAACAUUUGCAGAAUAAUCAGCAAGACUACCAAUGGCUCCAGAUGUUUUACAAGUUGUUGGUCCAGAACAAAUACCUGAGGUUCUAAACACGUUUGAGAAACAUGGAUCUAAAUACUUUCCUUUAAAUCAAUUUGUCACAGUCCUUAAAGAAUACAAGGAAGCAAAAGUAGAACCUCCAGUCCAAACCAUCUUUAGGUACGGAGAUGUUGAAACUGGAGUUUACAUCAUUCAAUCAGCAUUUCCUCUGAACGGAAUAAUGGACCUUGUAAUACCAUUCAACAGUGACAUCGCAAGGGAGGUAUUUUUCAAGAAUGGUAGAAGGGAUAUAUUAUCUUACAGACGCCACUUAAAUGACGACCCUACCCUCAAUCUAUUUUGUUUGGACGGAUUUAUUCACAUUUACCGGCUUGAGCCUCCACUACUAGUGAAUACUGACUCCCACUUCAUAAAUACAAGGGAAAAUAUUCUCUUAUAUUUGGACAGAACAGCUCCACUGCCUCCAACCGGCUACCGUCACAUAACCUAUUCAGAGGCAGCAGACCAUUUUGUUGAAAUGCUAAGAGCUAUGCUUGGGGGUCAUGUAAUUAUAGAAUUCAGCUCCAGGUACGAAGAUUACCAGAGAAGGCCUUACAAUCCAUUUUGGAUACUCAUUACACAAGAGGUUCAAAAUGUUGUUUCAAUGUACUUCGUAUACACAGCUUCUGAAGAUUUAUCAGAGCUCAAGUAUGCCUUAUUGAACACUGAAAGAAUCCCCUGGACAAGCGAUUCUGAAAUGUUUGUUUUUGAAGUCACAUUUGAAAGAUUUGCUUCAGUCGUCAGCGAAGUAGCUAAGAUCAAAGGUUUGGACUUAGACGUGAAGAAAAACUACAUGAUGUGGCUACCAGAACCAGUUGACUGUAGCCCAGUGCCUGAGGACAUGUAUCUGCAAAGGCUUAAUCUGAGCCAUGUCACUGAAGUGAAUAGCAAUUGGCCACAUCAAUUCCCUGGCUCGGAAGUCUAUCUUUCUCAACAAAUCACCAACAACUAUUGUCUGGGUUUGUUCAGAAAAAGUGACAACAAGUUGGCUAGCUCUGCAUUAUCGUUUCAUUCAGGAGGGGUUUUCGUCCUGUACAGUAAUCCAGAGUUUCGAGGCCAGGGGUGUGCUGAACAUGUCGUUAGGAAUCUUUCCAAUGAAUUGCAUAAAGAAGGAAGGAUUCCAUUUGCCACAAUUCUUCUAGAAAACAUACCUUCAAAAAACCUAUUCACCAAAAUUGGUUUCCAACAUUUUAUGAAAAUAUGUUUUUUGCUAAAAACAAAAUAAAUAAAUAGUUAUAAAUCAAGUCCAAGGGCAAAAAUAAACCGAUGUAUUGCUAACCGUUUCUCACAUGAAAUCAGAGAGGGAUUUAAGUGAAGUUAUCAGUAUUUUCACAGAAAAUAUACUACUAUAACCCAGAAUGCCAACCGCAUGGUAAAAAGCGUUAUGUACUUUGAGAGAGAUGCUGAGUUCAUAGCAACGCUGGUGGCGCUGCCUACGAAUUGACAGGGAAAGCUCUCUCAAAGUACUUAACGCUUUUUACCAUGCGGUUUUCAUUCUGGGUUAUAGUAGUAUGUUUAUAAUGUUAAAGUAGUAUGUGGUAUUUUAUAACAUGCUGUUGUCUGCUAUAUGUUUCAAAAAUAAAAAUAUUUUAAAGUUUAAAGUA